CCCGCCAUUCUCCCCUUCUCUCUCAAUCCAAAACCCUAAUUCCUCUUCUCGGCGUUCUCGCGAUGCCGAUCAAGAGGCUCGCUCUACGAUUGCCGAAGGCUUUCAAGCCACAUACACCAAGCCCAAGAUCCCCCGGAUCCACCUCCGCUCGGGAUGAGGUCGAUCCAGUUGUUUGCUUAAUCGACGACCUGGUAUCUCCGGAGAAUCGGCCAGAGAACAAUGGCGUUGAUGCCAAUGCUGGCUCUGAUCUACGUUCCGGUUCCACUGAGGGCAAUGAGGGUGGUGGGGACCCUGGCAUUGGUGUUUUGAGACGGUCUCCGAGAACCUUGGACGGGUUCUCGGAGCAUCGGCCGGUGGUGGUGGAGGUUGAGAUUUCCGGCGAUUUGGAGCAGCCUCCGGAGUCUAAAAAGGCGAAGAUAUCUUCUGGCUCGAAGAAGUCGGGCCCUAAGGGCGUGUUCUUUGUUGGAGAUCCUGUGCCUGAUGAAGAGGCCAGAAGACGGUGGCCUCAUCACUACGAGCAGAAGGUUAAAAAGAAAAAAGGUCGGAGGAGUAUUGUGAAUACUGAUGAUGAAGAUGAGUUUGCCUUAGAAGUCAAAUGCCAUUUUUGGCAAGCUAGUGUAAACAAGGAAAUUCUCAGUAUUGGGGAUUGUGUAUAUGUGAAGGGUGAGAAAUGGAAGCUAAAUUAUGUUGGCAAAAUUGUAGAGUUUUUUGAAAUAGCAGAAGAAGAGUGCUAUUUUACAGUUCAGUGGUUCUUUCGAGCUGCAGAUACUGUGAUAAAAGAUCAAGCAGUCUUCCACGACAAGCAGCGGUUAUUCUUUUCUGAUUUAAAGAAUGACAAUCCACUUGAUUGCAUUGUUUCUAAAGUCACUGUCACUCAAGUUUCACCUUGUGUUGAGUUAAAACAAAAAAGGCUUCCACCCCAUGACUUCUACUAUGAUAUGAAAUAUUCUGUGGACUAUUCAACAUUCACUAAAAUGGAGGAAGAUGAUUCUGGCAGACAGAAUAAUUUAACCCCAUCAAAUUGCUCUGAAACCAUCCAUAACAAGAUUGAGGAAAAACUUUUCUCUGAACAAGUUCAUCAGAACUCAAAGUCCGAUAAGACUGAGUUUGCACUAUUAGAUCUAUACUGUGGUUGUGGUGGAAUGUCUACUGGGCUUUGUCUUGGAGCUCAAUUAGCUGGAGUAAAUCUUGUUACAAGAUGGGCUGUUGAUUUUGAUGAAGCUGCAUGCAACACUUCAAAAUUUAAUAAUCCUGAAACACAAGUCAGGAAUGAGUCGGCAGAUGAUUUUUAUGCAUUAAUUAAGGAAUGGAAGAAACUUUGUAAGAAGUAUGUUGGCAAGGAACUUGGAUGCCGAGAGUCUAACUCAAGAGUUACUGAUGUAAGUAAUUCUAAGAGAAAACUUCGUGAUGAUCGUACAACCCCUCAUGGAGAAUAUGAAGUAUCACAUCUAGUUGAUAUCUGUUAUGGUGAUCCCACAAAUUUGGGAAAGCGGGGGCUCAAAUUCAAGGUUCGUUGGAAGGGCUAUGAUCCUAGUGAAGAUACAUGGGAGCCAAUUGAAGCACUAAAAAAUAGUCAAAUAUGCAUACAAAAUUUUGUGAGAGAAGGAUCAAAAGGAAAGAUACUGCCUUUUCCCGGAGAUGUUGAUGUCAUAUGUGGGGGGCCACCGUGUCAAGGGAUCAGUGGUCUCAACCGGUUUAGGAAUUUUGCUGCACCACUGGAUGAUGAACAAAAUCGUCAGAUUGUUGUCUUCAUGGACAUUGUACAAUUCUUGAAGCCUAAAUAUGUUUUAAUGGAGAAUGUGGUUGAUAUUUUAAGGUUUGCAAAGGCUGCACUUGGGAGAUAUGCUCUAAGUCGUUUGGUUUUUAUGAGUUACCAAGCCAGGCUGGGGAUUAUGGCUGCUGGUUGCUAUGGGCUUCCUCAAUUUCGUUUGCGCACAUUCAUAUGGGGGUGCCAUCCUCAAGAGCGACUACCCCAAUUUCCACUUCCCACCCAUGAAGUGAUUUUGAGAUGUGGCACUCCAGUUGAGUUUGAGUGUAACAUCGUUGGGUAUGAUGAAGGCCAAUCACGGGUUCUGGAAAAAGCGCUUGUUCUUGAGGACGUCCUUUCUGAUCUUCCUGCAGUUUCCAACAAUGAAGUUCGUGAGCAGAUGCCUUAUGGAAGUGUUCCACGAACAGAGUUUCAAAAGUACAUCAGAACACCGAAGCUUGGUGUGGGAAAAAGACACAACAGAGCAGAUGCUUUUCAUAGUCUUUUAUAUGAUCAUCGUCCUCUCCCUCAAAAUGAGGAUGACUACCUAAGAAUUUGUGAGAUCCCUCGGAGAAAGGGAGCAAGUUUCAGGGACCUCCCUGGUGUUAUUGUUGAUUCCAACAACACUGCUCAGCUUGAUCCACAAAUGGAAAGGGUGCUUUUGCCAUCUGGAAAGCCAUUGGUUCCAGAUUAUGCCAUUAAUUUGCGGCAAGGAAAAACUUCAAGACCUUUUGGCCGCCUAUGGUGGGAUGAGACAGUAGCAACUGUACUGACUGCUCCAGAUACUCACUACCAGGUUAUAAUACACCCUGAACAAGAUCGUGUCCUUACUAUUCGGGAAUGUGCAAGAGUGCAAGGGUUUCCUGAUUACUAUAAAUUCCGUGGCACAAUCAAAGACAGAUAUCGUCAAAUUGGAAAUGCUGUUGCUGUCCCAGUUGGUCGAGCUUUGGGUUAUGCAUUGGCCUUAGCAUGGCUAAAGCAAAGCGGAGCAGGGCCCCUCAUGACCCUUCCUCGCAAAUUCUCAUACUUGCACACUCUACGGCCUCUGGGAGAACCAUCAUCUGAAUUUGAACUGCAUGACCAUCAGGAACCGCAGGUGGAAAAAACUGCCUGCAAGAAUUCAUCAACUGAGCAAAUUGAGUUGGAAUCAUUUUGUGCCGAAGUUCAUCAACAUGUAAACAUUCUUAUAAGAGAACUCAAAGAUGUAGAAUUAAGUCCAGAUGCUAUGGAUAGCAUAAACAGGCUGCUCGCUAUUGGCAACACUAAAAUGGAGCGCUUUUUCUGGCGUCGGCAUUCCAACUAACAUGAUCAGCGUUUUAACCUGUUUGCAUUUAUAGAUUUUGGGUUUAGAAGUAUGAACCAUGCUUGAUUUUCGACUGGAGGGAGGAAUGAAGUAUCAACCCUCCACUGUCCACUGUCCAAAUUUCUUAGUUUGUAACCAAAGAUGUGAAAGCAAUUUGCUUUUACAUGAUUUGUACGUAAUUAUUAACAAUGAUU